ACUUGACACAGUAUCUCUCUACCAUCUUCUACCCAUUCUUUUUCAUACUGAAUUUUAAUUUAUCCUGAUACGAUGGAGCCACGAACGGCGGAAAGUCCGAUGGACUUCGAGUGGCAGUCCAAGCCGCCCGGCGAUGUGACGUCGCCUUUUUACCAGCUCAGCAUGCAGCAUGACAACCAGAAGAAACGUCCUCAUAGUAUUUUCGACUCCCCUGGAAAGAAGUCCUUGCCUGCCCUCCGAGAGCCGAACUCGCAACCAUACCUCUUUUCCCAGCCCCGAACCCAGCAGCCACCAGGCACCCCAAAACCCAGCUUCAACCACUCAGCUUUCAUGACCCCGCGCAAGUUCGAGGUAGAUUUCUCUUCCGGCGCUGAAAACAUGUCCUCCCCCGAGCAUGCAGACAACGAAGACACCCCCGAACAACCUACGACGUCAGCACACCGCAACUCGCUGUACAGCAUGUACGGUCGGUUCGCACCCAGCCCCGGCCGUGGUGAAAUUCCUCGCGUGAGCCACUAUUCGAAUGCAUUGGCGCGACGUGUUCAAAAGAGACGGCGUAGAGAUAAGGCAUUGGAUCUACAGAUACGGAAAGAGGACAGUGAUGACGAGAGUGACGAUGCGGACGCGGGGACUUUGAAGGCGACAAAGACCCGGCACGACCAGAUACAGCCGGAAGCCCAAACCGGAUCGCGCUUGUCCUCAUUUUCGGACUUCUUCGCCUUGCUUGAAGCGCACCCUAACAUUCCGAGCAUUCUCUCGUGGUGGGCACAGCUAGUGGUCAACCUCUCGCUAUUCUCGCUUGCCGUCUACGUGGUUUUCGGCUUUGUAUCGGCUAUUCGUGCUGAGUUCGACCAGGCGGCCGAAGAGGUGUCGGAUACAAUCCUGGCGGAGAUGGCAGCGUGCGCGAAGAGCUAUGUUGACAAUCGAUGCGCCGGCGGAGAUCGUCUUCCUGCGCUGGAGACUGUAUGCGAGAACUGGGAGCGAUGCAUGAAUCGGGACCCGGCCAAGGUUGGACGGGCCAAAGUGUCCGCGCACACGAUGGCGGUGAUCAUCAACAGCUUCAUUGAUCCUAUAAGUUGGAAAGCAAUUAUGUUUUUCCUGGCCACCAUUUCAACAGUCACCGUUGUCAGCAAUUGGUCAUUCCGUUCUUUCCGCAACCGCUACAACCAGCAUGAAUACUCUCAUCCUGCUCCGGCCUUCACGAGACAGGCAUCCGGUCAGCAUCAUCCCCCGCCGAUCGCUCAGUCGCACUAUCCCUACCAGCAUAACCCAGGCUACGGAUACAUGGGACCUCAAGGUCAAGGGUCUGCGCCCGGCUUUGAGAAGCAGGAGGCACCCCUGCUGCUUGAGCAAGCGCAAGGAAAGAGAUUUGCGACCGAACGAGGUCGUAGCCGUGACUCGCGCCUACGCACUCCAAGUCCAAUCAAGCGCCUGCUGUGAUCUGUUUAGUGGCUUACGACCUUCGACUUUACACGUGUGGACCUGCGUGGUAGUGCCUGGGUUGUCCUAAAAUUGCAUGUGUCGGUGGCGAUGGAGUUCGAGUUGAUUUUAUCAAGGACAAAUAUGGUUAGGUGUUCCGUGCAUACGCCCCAGCUGGGCCUGGAGUUUUGGAUAAGAGCUUUGUGUACAUUAUUGAGUUUUCUCUGUUCAAGGACGUCGAAUAUCCG